AUGGUGGUGUUUAGAGAAUCUGGAGAUAAAGAUGCUGAUGAGGUUGUCACAUUUAAGUUUUUCCAUGGAGGUAAACUAGUGAAAAAUAGAAAGGACAGUCAGUGGUCUUAUUUGGGUGGUGAAGUCAAUUGGUUUGAUUACUGUGAGGUUGACUAUAUGUCCAUGUUAGAGCUAUUUGGAAUGGCUAAAGAUUUGGGAUAUGACGAUGGGUAUGAUGUAGUGAGCUUGACUUCAAGCCAAGUGGGGAAUGACAGUAGUGAUAAAGAAUAUUCUUGUUCUGAGAAUGAUGAUAGCAGUGAUCCAGACUUUGAAGACAGUGACUAUGCACAAAGUGAUGAAGAGAUUGACUUAUUGAAGAAUGAUGAUAAGUGGUUUGAAGGUUAUGUGGAUCAUAGUAUUUUUGACAAUGAUCCUAAUGCAAAGCAAAAUGAUGAGUCAGACAAUGGAGAAGAGUCACCUACACUUACCUGCCCAAAUAGUUCACAAAGUGAAGAUGAUGCAGUGGGUGAAGUAAGAAGGAAGAAGAAUAGGAUGCCAAAAGGUGAAGAUUUCAGACCUGAAAUUGAUAUGGGAAGCCCAAGUUUCAAAAUAGGUUUAAGGUUUGCAACUGCCGAGUUGUUUAGAAAAGUUGUGAGGAUAUACUCCAUUAAUUGUGGAAGGGAGUUGAUUUUUAUGAAUAAUGACCGUAACAAAAUAAGAGUAAUAUGUGAAGAGGGCUGUCCUUUUGUUAUCCAUGCUUCAAGUGUUAGUGGUAGCACUUACCUGCAGGUGAAAACCUUUAAUCCUACACAUGUUUAUAGCAAGGGGACUAAAAAUAUACAUGCUACUGCUGGCUGGUUGGCUGAAAGAUAUUCUGGGCAGUUAAGGCUCAAUCCAAAUUGGACUGCUUCUUCUUUUGUAGAGCAAGUUCACCAAGACUAUGGUUACAGACCAUCUAGAGCAACUGUGUACAGAGCAAGAGCCAUGACAGUUGACAUUGUAGAGGGGUCUUACAGUAAACAAUAUGAAGUAUUGUGGGAAUAUUGUCAUGAUUUAAGAACCAGGAAUGUGGGAAGUACAGUUAUCAUUAAAUCUGAAAUGGAAGGUGAUAGGUCACGGUUUCAAAGAAUUUACAUUUGUCUUGCAGCCUGCAAGAAGGGGUUUUUAGAUGGUUGUAGGUCUGUGGUUUGCUUGGAUGGGUGUCAUGUCAAAGGGCCUCACCCUGGGCAAGUGCUUUCUGCAAUGGGAGUUGAUGCAAACGGAAUGUUUCCACUUGCCUAUGCAUAUGUAGAGAUUGAGAGAAAUUCAACAUGGGUGUGGUUUUUAGAAUUAUUGAGUGGUGAUCUUAAUAUUACGAAUAGUCAUGGUUAUGUAUUUAUGACUGACAAACAAAAAGGGUUAAUAGAUGCUGUGGAUGCUCUAUUCCCUCAUGCAGAGCAUAGACAUUGUUUGAAACAUCUAUAUGGGAACUUCUAUUUGGAACAAGAGGUCUUGCCUUGA